AUGAGUCUCUACGACGAUUCUCAACGUGUGUGGAUGAAAGACAAAGAAACCUUCAUGACGGUUCUCUACAAAGACAAGGCCUCACCACCCUUAAUCACUAUCUCGAUCGACCGCAGUCAAUUGCUAAUAAACGCAGGUUCUGCUAUUGCGAGCAUCAUGACCAAUUUACACGUAUGGCUUUUCACUGUGGAUGAAGUAGAGGCAAUCGCCUUCGACGGCAACCUUACCGUGGUAGACAGUUCUUGGCUACAAGUUCGAGAAGGAGUGAUCGUCAAGGCGAAAUAUCAGGCACCCCGCAUUCCUGUUCCAACCAAUACAUUCUUAGACAAUGAAGUCGUGAGUAUGAAGGAGUACGGUCCAACAGUCUAA